AUGGACGAAAAUGAAGCUCUGGGUGGAGAUCCGAGCGAGCAGUUUCACAGAAACGAGGCGAUCUCCGCCGUGGCCGACGAGGGUUUCCUUGGCGAGGAGGAAGAUGACUAUGAGGAUCUCUACAACGACGUCAACGUCGGCGAGAAUUUUCUGCAGUCCCUUCGUGGGAACGAAGAUAAUUUAGGUCACAGGAACCAGGAACAGCCGACUUCGGUGGUCCCAGCAUCGACCCCGACCUCGACGGCGCCUCCACCUCCGCCUCUGCCUCCAGCACCACCUCAGCAGCUGUUGCCGGUGAAGAGUGGAGGCCUAGCCUUACCGGAUGAGGGGGCUUCAUCUGGGGUUCCCGAUAGAGAAGAGGGUUACCAGACUAUAGGAUUUAGAGAAAAUAGUAACACGAGCAAUAUUGGAGCUGGUAGAGGGGCGGGAACACCAGCUGGUGCUGGUAGCGCGGGUGGAUUGAGGGUUGAGCUGGUGCAGCCAUCGAGCAAAGCAGCUGAUUUGGAGGAACCUGCAGUGAGCACCGUCCUGAAUAUCCAACAAGUGGUUCAUAAUCCUCCUCCUCAGCAGCAGACACGUCUCGGUAAUAUGGGGAGUGCUGAAAAUGCUAGGAAUGUCAAUGGAACUGGUGGAAAUGUGUACGGAGGUGACAGCAGGGGUGGAGUGGCUGUCAUUGGAGGUGGAGUUGGUGGAGGGGGAGGAGGGACAUUUCUUUUUGUUGGUGAUCUGCAUUGGUGGACAACGGAUGCUGAACUCGAGUCUGUAUUGUGCAAGUUUGGGCCGGUGAAGGAGGUCAAGUUUUUUGAUGAGAGAGCCAGUGGGAAGUCGAAAGGCUACUGUCAGGUGGAGUUUUUUGACCCUGCAGCCGCCACUGCCUGCAAGGAAGGUAUGAACGGGCAUGUAUUCAACGGGCGGCCUUGUGUGGUUGCAUACGCCUCGCCAUAUACUGUCAAAAGAAUGGGCGAGGCUCAGGUGAACAGAAACCAACAGCAGAUGGGUCCAGCUGCUGUUAAUCAACCAAGAAGAGGCCCUGGCGAUUUGUCUGGAAAAUCUGGCGGCGUUGUUAACAAUAUGACCAGUGCUGGGAAUCAUCCGGCUGUUGGUGACAACAAUGGUAGAGGCUUCGGGAGGGGAAACUGGGGCAGAGGUAAUAAUCCGGGAGGGAUGGGGAACAGGGGCCCAAUGGGCCCCAUGAGGAAUAGGGGGCCCGGAGGAAUGGGUGUUCGUGGUAUGUCCGCCUCUCCCUUAUUGCAUCCUCAGGCAAUGAUGGGCCAGGGUUUUGAUCCUGCUUUUGGAGGCCCAAUGGGUAGAAUGGGUGGCUAUGGAGGCUUUCCUGGUGGUCCAGCUGCGCCAUUUCCUGGAAUUUUAUCCUCGUUUGGACCAGUUGGAAAUGUCGGCCUGCCUGGCGUUGCCCCUCAUGUUAAUCCGGCAUUCUUCGGUAGGGGGAUGCCGAUGAAUGGGAUGGGCAUGAUGCCUAACCCUGGGGUCGAGGGGCCUAACAUGGGAAUGUGGUCUGAUCCUAAUAUGGGGGGUUGGGCCGGUGAUGAACAUGGAGGUCGAGCGGGUGAAUCGAGUUAUGGUGAAGAAGCUGCAUCAGACCAUCAGUAUGGGGAAGGGAGUCAAGAUAGAGGGCCGUGGCCAAGCGCAGCUAAAGAAAAAGAUAGGGGAUCAGAAAGGGACUGGUCGGGAUCCUCUGAGAGGAGGUACAAGGAAGAAAGAGAUAGUUUUAGAGAAAAGGACAUGGGGCGAGAUAACGAGUGGUCAGAGAGGAGAAACCGUGAUGAGAAAGCUUUGGGUAGGGAUAGGCAGAGUGUGCGGGAAAGGGAUCGCGAGCGUUCCCUAGACCAUGAACAAUGUGGGGGCCGUGAACGUGAGCGUGAACGGUAUAAGGAUGACAGGGACAGAUAUGUUGACCAUCACAGGCACAGGAGCCGUGAAAGGGAGUAUGAUGAUGAGUGGGACAGGGAAAGGUCGUCGUCCAGGACGCAUGGCAAGUCGAGGGUGUCCCAUGAGGAAGAGCAUAGAUCGAGAUCAAGGGAUGCGGAUUAUGGGAAGAGACGGCGCCUUACGUCUGAUUAA